AUGAACAGGGAAAUCUUGUGGGACAAGAGUAACCAAAGCUACCAAGAAUUCAUCUUGCUGGGAGUGGCUGACCGGCCACACUUGGAGAUGUUGCUGUUUGCCCUUGUCCUGGCCUGCUACUUGAUGACCCUCCUAGGCAACACAACCAUCAUCAUGGUAUCGAGACUAGAUCCAGGCCUCCAUACCCCCAUGUAUUUCUUCCUCAGCAACCUUUCCUUCCUUGACCUCUGCUUCACCACCAGUCUUGGGCCACAGAUGCUGGUGAACUUCUGGAGAACAAGUAAGACUAUCACUUAUGGUGCCUGUGUGGCUGAGCUAUACAUCUCCCUUGCUCUGGGCUCCACAGAGUGUAUUUUGUUGGCUGCCAUGGCUUAUGAUCGCUAUGCCGCCAUCUGCCAUCCACUGCGCUACACUACCAUUAUGAGCCACUCUCUGUGUUUUACAAUGGCUGCUGUCUCCUGGAUAAGUGGCUUCAGUGUCUCACUAGUUCAUACAGUGAUGAUUCUUAGGCUUCCAUUGUGUGGACGGAAUCGGGUAGAUCAUUUCUUUUGUGAGCUCCCUGCCUUUCUUAAACUGGCUUGUGUUGACACUUCCCUUAAUGAAGCUUUGAUGCUUUCUGGUAGUGUUGUGUUUCUUCUAGCACCCGUUAGUCUCAUCACAAUCUCUUAUGGCUAUAUAGCAGCUGCAGUGAUUAGGAUCCCUUCGGCUGAGGGCAGGAAGAGGGCCUUCAACACUUGUUCCUCCCACUUGAUGGUGGUCUGGCUCUUCUAUGGCACAGCCACCUUUAGUUAUCUGCUGCCUCGUUCCACCUCCUCCCGUGAUGAAGGCAAGGUGAUUUCCCUCUUCUAUACCUUUGUCACCACCAUGCUUAAUCCACUGAUCUACACUCUGAGGAACAAAGACGUACAUAAAGCUCUCCAAAGACUAAUGAAGAAGAAAUAA